UACCGACUGCAGAAAAAUCAAGAGUCCAUAAUCUUCCCAGAAUCCCCAUAUUAAUUCUAAAUUCUCUUCCACAAUCUUAUUCAUUAUUCAGUUAGAUUUGAGGAAAGAUGAUAGCUCAUAAUCAGAAUCAGGAGUCACCGGGAUUGAAUAUUAGGAAAAGAAUUGACAAGGUGAAAAGUGUUGUCCGGAGAAGAAAGGAACUCCGGAGAAUUAAGUCAUUAUAUCUGAAAAAUUCUGCCGUCGUCGACAGAGAUGUCUAUUAUAAGAUAAGGCUAAAAGGAAAUGAUUUGGAGUCAAUGAAAAGUGAGGAAUUCAAUCAGUUACGGAAGAGGAGGCCAUGGAGGGAGAAUUGGGAUGGUGGAGAGUUUGGUUCUCACGGUUCAAUAUCGGUUAUUGGGAGACGGAAGGAAAUGGAGGAUGCGGUGGCGGCGGAGGUAGGGUUUUUAACCAAGGGUUGUAAAAGGUAUGAUUUUUUCGGAGUAUAUGAUGGCCACGGUGGAUCACGGGUGGCACAAGCUUGCCGCCACUGGUUGCACAAGUUUGUGGCGAAGAGAGUGGAAGAAGAAGGUGAAGAGAUUAAUUGGAAAGAGGUGAUGGUGGCGGGUUUUAAGGAAAUGGAUGACGAGGUUAAUAAGAAUGGGAAGGCAGUGGCCGCGAUGGGGUCAACUGCGACAGUGGCAGUGGUGGGGGAAGAGGCGGUGGUGGUUGCGAAUUGUGGGGAUUCAAGGGCUGUGCUUUCACGUGGUGGAGUUGCCAUACCUUUAUCUAUUGAUCAUAAGCCUGAAAGAGCUGAUGAGUUGAAAAGAGUUGAAGAUUGUGGAGGAAAGGUUAUCAAUUGGAACGGACAUCGUGUCUUUGGAGUUCUUUCAACUACAAGGUCCAUAGGGGAUUAUUACCUUAAACCAUUCGUGAUACCAGAACCUGAAGUAACAGUCACUGGUAGAACUGAAAUGGAUGAGUUUAUGAUAAUAGCCAGUGAUGGUCUAUGGGAUGUAAUUUCCAAUGAUUUGGCAUGCCAACUCGCAAGAAGGUUUCUAUAUGGCCACUUGGGGCCGAAAAAUUCUGAUCGAGCUACUCAUGGACAAGAAAUGAACAAUGAAAGUCCUGCUACACAGGCAGCAGCAGCUCUUGUGAAGUUGGCCAUGGCUCGAGGUAGCAAAGAUAACAUUAGCAUUAUUGUAGUCGACUUGAAGAGAUUGAAACAAUGCUCUGUUGAAACUGGCAAAUGUUCUAGCUAGCAAAUUCAGAACUAGUGUUAAUAUUAGUAUUAUAUGUUUUACUUUUGAGGAAGCUCAAUCCAAUAUCUUUGAAACGAUAAUUUUCGAAUUCAGUUUUACGUUACCUUUC